GUUGCAUUCUUAAGUUGAGGGGGUUGUAAUAUUACAACUAAAUAAAUUCAGAAACCAUUGCCAAAAUUUAUCUACCCAAUUUUACUUAUUAUAUUUGAAAACGUGCUGGUUAAAGCUUAUUUCAAGUUGAUCAAUAUUCACGGAACUGAGAACAAACUUCUAGAGGCAAAAAUGGAACAAAGCUCAUCAAAUCCUGCUCCUCCUCCUCCCCCUCCUCGUGCUGCUACUCCUCAUGUGUUUAUCUUUCCUUGCCCGGCCCAGGGCCAUGUGAAUUCUAUGCUCAAGCUAGCCGAGCUUCUAAGCCUUGCUGGUCUUAGAGUUUCCUUCCUGAACACAGAACAUAUUCAUGAACUUCUGACCCAUUCCACAGAUGUUCAAGCCCGUUUUACCAAGUAUCCAGGAUUCCAAUUCAUGACCAUACCUGACUGUCUGCCUGUAGAUUACCCACGAACGGGUAACAUAAUGGAAGUGAUUACGUCAUUGGAAGUGAACAGUAAGCCAAUUUUCAAACGACUUCUGAUUGAAACUAGGCCACCAGUAAACUUUAUCAUAGGAGAUGGGAUCCUGGGAUCUCCUCUUGAUGUUGCCGCUGAGCUAGGAAUUCCAAUCUUUUGGUUCCGUACAAUUAGUGCUUGUUGUUUCUGGAGUUAUUUUUGCAUUCCUGAUAUGAUUGAAAGCUGCGAACUUCCCAUCAAAGGAGAAGAAGACAUGGACAGACUCAUAACAAAAGUGCCAGGCAUGGAGAAGUUUCUCCGGUGCCGAGAUCUUCCAAGUUUCUGCAGAGUUAGCGACUUGACGGAUCCCCAUCUCGUUAUGGUCGUGAACGAGACAAGGCAAUCCCCUCGAGCACAAGCCCUCAUCCUCAACACGUUCGAAGACCUGGAAGCACCAAUACUAUCUCAAAUCCGCAAACACUGCCCAAAAACCUAUACCAUUGGACCCCUCCACGAGCUCUUGAAAACUAAACUUAGAAGCAUAAAGACACAAGAAUCAUCGUAUCAAUCCUCGAAUAGUCUCUGGGAAGUGGACAGAAGCUGCAUCACAUGGCUGGAUACUCAACCUUCGCAAUCUGUACUUUACAUAAGCUUUGGAAGCAUUACGGUGAUGACAAGAGAGCAACUCAUGGAAUUUUGGCAUGGUAUUGUUAAUAGCAAGAAACGAUUCUUGUGGGUUAUAAGGCCUGACUCUGUUACUAAUAAGGAUGGUGAUGUUGAAAAAAUUCCUGAGGAGCUUCAGGAGGGACCAAAGGAAAGGGGAUACGUUGUGAAAUGGGCACCCCAGGAAGAGGUUUUGGCACAUAAAGCUGUUGGUGGGUUUCUAACACACAAUGGAUGGAACUCCACCUUAGAGAGUAUAGUGGCUGGCGUGCCUAUGAUUUGCUGGCCUUAUUUUGCAGACCAGCAAAUGAAUAGCAGGUAUGUGAGUGAGGUUUGGAAGCUAGGAUUGGACAUGAAGGAUGUGUGCGAUAGAAGGGUUGUGGAGAAGAUGGUGAAUGAUCUGAUGGUGGAUAGGAGGGAAGAGUUUGUGAGAUCAACAGCUAGGAUGGCAGAGUUGGCAACAAAGGGUGUGAGUGAAGGUGGGUCCUCUUCUUGCAAUCUGAAUCGUUUGAUUGAAGAUAUAAGGUUGAUGAGCAGUGUGCAAGCACAUGAUAAUUGACAGAGAGCUGUUUCUUCCCCUGAAGUGUGGAGCUCUACUUUUAUGUUUCAGAGUUCAAGAAUAAAGCAAGCUAGUACUGGUAAAAAUCCUGCAGAUAAAAAUUGAAUUGAAUUGAAUGGUGUAUUGAAAGUUGCAGCUUGUAGUUGGCUAGUAAUGAUUUGGUAUUAUCUCAUAUCUAUCCUGAAAGCGACACGGAAUGAUUCCAGGCAUCCUUUUCAAGUUCUGGAAAUUUGUGUUUGUGGUUUGCUUAAUUAGUUUUAAUUAUCAGUCAUCAAUUUAUUAGUGUUUACUGUUUAGUGACAAUUAUAUGAUAAAUAAAAGCUCCGCUUUCAGAUUCCUAUUGCUAAA